AUGAUAGAAAUACUAUUUGGCAGAACUGUCAGAGCAAUUACAAGCCAGAGAUUGGUAGUUACAUGUAUAAAUGUUGGGAUAAUUGUGAAUGAGAGAAAUAUGGAAGAUAACAAUGAAGAUGAUGAUUUAUUUGGUGAAGAUGUUGCUUUUAGCAAAGAAAGUGUAGAGAAAAGGUUAGGAAAGGUACAAAGAAGAACUAAAUUAACAAAAAAAGUUGGGAUGAAUAAGCCAAUACAGCAAAAAGAAAGUAAUGAGAAAGUUAACAAGAAAGAUAACAAUCAUAUGGAAGAAGACUCUUAUGAUGAAGAGUUUAUACUGAAAGUUAGCAAGAAAAAGGCAAGAACAAAAGAUUCUGACUUUACCAAAGAAAAAAGCCAAAGAAUGGAAAUUGGGAUGAAUAAUGAACAAGUUUCGGAAAUCAUCACAAUUGAGGAUGAAGAGAAGGAGAAAACUGUAAUCAAGUUAAAUAUUAAAGUAUACAAAAGGAGAGAAUCUGAGAUAGUAGUAAUUAAAACUCUAAUUGUGGCUUUAUAUAGAACAGACUCAAUAAAAAAGUUAGUAACAUAUAUUUCAAAAAAUUUGAAUCCUAAGCCAAAGAAUCAUUUGGAAGAUAUAAAAGUUUACUUUGAUGGGGAUUAUGUAAAUAUGGAGAUGCAAAUUAAAGAAAUAGGAAUUGAAAAUGAAGAGCAAUUAGAGGUUAAAGUCCCAUUUGAGUGUAAUUGGAAUUAA